GUACAUGUAAGUUAAUCUACUAACCACUUCACUGUGUUAUACUAUCCUUCAGCCAGAGCUAUCUGGCUUGGAAGACAUAUAGUCUGGAGAUUUUAAGGAUGAAUCAAGGUUUUCUUCGGAAGAGAAUUAACACAGAAUAUGGCCAAAAACGGUCUUACUAUCAUACCAAUAAGUCUCAUUUAUGUCUACACUUUAGAGUAUUUUGAUUAUUAAGCUGAACCCUUCAGCAAAUAGCUGCUUCAGUACAAAAAUUCCUUACAAUUAAAAUCAGAACUCUAUCUCUUUAAAGAUGUCCAUUAGUCAUCUUUACUUCAUUCUAAACUUCAUUAUUGAAGAAAUCUAUCGCUUGUACAGGGAGAUGCAAAACUUACCUAUAACUUUUAAGGUUUAGAAAUUCAUCAAAUCUCACAUAAAGGCUCUUAACUCUAACAGGAGAUACUAAAAUCUUCAAAAAUAGCAUCCUCUAACUUUUCUUAUAUUUGUAUUUACACUUCGUUGCCAAAACCCAGAAUUCUCUAUUGAGUGAGUUUGGUCUUAUGAACCAUUUUCUGACUUCUCUAACAUAGAAGUCCAGACUAGAGACUUAUGCAUGCUUCUGGGUGCUUUAUGUACACACAAGUCAGGAAACAGUAUAAUCUUGACUAUUUUAGUAUUGACUAAGAGGAGUGCUGCUUAGCAUCCUUAGACAUAAUUCUGAGAGAUCUUUUAGACCACAGUUUCGUAAAAUAUUUAGUGCAAAACAUUAAAAUUCUGAACUUUUCACAUCAUGUUUUCACCAAUUAGUGCGGUUAAUGGAAAACAAAUUUUGGGAACAUCAUAGCUAGACUUUGAAGCUGGACAGCUGCUGACUUUGUUGUAUAGAUCUCCACCUUGAUAAUCAUCCUGAUGACUAUUUUUCUGACAAGAUCAUCAAACAAGCAAGAAUCUCAAAUUUCGCUCGAUCCCUUACAAGGAAGUCAAGACCUCUCAGAAGAAAGCAAUGAGUCACUACUGAACUCUUUGGGGCUUCCUAAACUACUAGUGGUUUCUUCUGGAGACAAAUUUAGGCUCACUCUUGACUUGGACAAAACUAAUGAAUUGAGGCAGACCAGUCAGACUUCUUUUUCUCACGAACAAAGCAGCUUACAUGAGGCAACUAUAAAUUUAAGGUCAAGAAGAUUUAUCUGCACUGGUGUGAUUGCAGAUAGUAAUCUUGACCAUAAGGAGGCCAGGGCCAUUUCGAACAUAAUUUUUCGAAGACUUUCAACACUGGAAAAAUUAGUAGAGUCUGCUCUAAGCACUUAUGGUUACAGCUCUAAAGUUGAAUGCUCUACCUAUAGACGAUCAAGUCUAUCAUUUGGCAUGCAAAGGGAGCUAAAAAGCCCUACAGGAGGAGAUAGAGCUGGCAAUAAAAUUAUGGAUCAACUCAAGAUCUUCAUAAUCGUCCUAUGUGUUAUAUGCUCCUGCUGUGCUCUUUUAAUAAUUCACUACUUAAUCAUAAAAUGUAUCAUUAAGAAGAAGAGAGGAGGAAGCUCUGUAUCUAAACGUUGGCAGUAUUACCUUAACAAGUAUACUUCAGAAUACCAGCUAGGUCAAACCCAAGAUAGGUACCAUCAAUCAGAAUGACCUAUCUGUCUUGAUAAAUUUGAUCCAGAGAAGCAGAUGAGGCAGAUCAAUGCUUGUAAGCAUACCUUUCUCAGUGAAUGCCUAGAAGAAUUCUUCAAACUUAAGUAAGUUAGACUAGACGAUAACAUAACUGUCAUGUCUAUAUUUAAGGGCUCAAUUAGUGCGUCUUUACUAGCUAAUUAGAAGAUUAACCUUAUUUCUAGGAAGACAUUAGCAGGCCUAACAUGCCCUCUUUGUAAAGCCAAUAUAAGAGUUGUGCAAAACACAAAGGAAAAUAAGUCUGCUGAUACAAAUUAGCAUUCAUACUGGCUU